GGAGCCUCCAUUCCCUCCCCCUUAUCCGUCAUCCUCUCCCAUUCUCUUCGCUCUCCCUCCCUCCCUCUCUCGAGUCCCAGUAACUCCAAAACAAGGAAAUAAACAAGGCCCACAAACCCCCGAGCCCGACCCGGCCCGGCCCAAGAUGGGGAAGGGCACGGAGAAGCUAGUACGGGCAGCAAAGCAGUUCGCCGACGUCCAGGGCAAACUCUUCAAGGACCGGUACGGUCAGCAAGUGAUCGACCUCCUCGAGCUCCCCAUCAGAGUGGUGCUCUCCCCCUUCACCCUCGUCUUCGACAUCGCCGGCUCCGCCCCUCGCGGCUUCGGCAUCCCCGAGCUCGCCUCCAACCUCGCCUUCUCUGCAAUCUUCGCUGUGGCGACUCUUGGAACCUAUGACAUUGCGUUGGAACUGGGGAAGAAAGUGCUGUGCCAGAGGAACUGUCGGACCUGCAAUGGUUGGCAAGCAAUGAGAUGUACUAUGUGCACAGGCACGGGCAAAGUGCACUAUCAAGUGAAAGGCUUCAAAAGUGAGCAGAAGGCAACUGCAGAGCAUGUUGCAGAAGCCAUUGUGGGUAACCAGGCAGAGUUGGUGCAUCUCCCUUCUGCAAUUGAUCUUUCAACCCCACUACCCUCCAAAGAUUGUCCAAGUUGUGAUGGAACAGGUGUUAUGAGCUGCCCAGAGUGUAAAAACAAAUUGCAGAUUAGGAUCUCGGCAGAUGAUAUCAUGGAGCCCCCAUGGAAAGCAUAUAAUGUUUUGAGGAAGAUGGACUACCCCUACGAGAACAUUAUCCAUAGCAUGAAGGACCCAAAGGUUGCUGCCUUCUGGCUACUUACCAUGCCUCAGAUUAUGGGUGGAUUCAAUUAUGAUGAUGAUGUCAAGCAGAAAAUUUGGUGGGCUUAUGAGGAAUCAAUGCGGUAUGAUCAACUUCGGGAUGUCGUUGCUAAACGAAAGCCUGGUUGGGAGAACUUGCAAAAUGCUCUUAUCACUUUAGAUCCCAUCCGAGCAAGGGAUGACCCGGUUAUUGUUAAAAAUGUUCCUUUUUACAAGGCAAAGAAAGCUCUAGAGGCCGAAGUCAUGAAGCUUGAAGUUCCACCUCGUCCUGAUAAUUGGGGUGAAUUGGAGCUUCCCCUUAGCAGAUCUUCAUGGACAGACAAAGAGUUGAAAGAUCCAAAGAAGCUGUUAGAGAUGACAACCCUUCUCGAUGCUCAAAGAGAAAUGGCCAGUAAAUUACUAGAUGCACAGUGGGAAGCAAAAUGGCGCCAAGACAAGUUAAAUGCUCUGUUAGAAGAGAAGUUACAACCAUAUGUUCGUGGCGUUGACAAAGGUGUACUUCCCCAGUCUAUUGUCAUACAAUCCAGUGAUCAAGAAAACAAGAAAAAGAACACUCGGCGAAGAUGGUUAUUCUUUUGACAGAGGAAAGCGUAAGCUAUCUUUACCACUGUACUAUUUCAAGCCCUUCAAAAAAGGGUGUCAUGGUUUCCAAGGACAGGACGAGUUCAAAGCCAAUUCAGAUCAGCUUCUUUCAGGAUUGCUUAAUUGAAAUAACUUAUCAUGUCUCAAAGCAUGUUAUCAGUUGUUGGAUUGGAAUCCAUGAGGUUAGCUCUUGUUUCUCUCUCCGUGAUGAAAUUUUGUCUGUUAUCACAUAGAGUGAAAGUGUAGCACUUAACUCUUCUACUUCUUUGUUAAGAAUUUCACACUUGCCUUUGUACUUCGCCAACUAUGUGCAAUAUGAGCAGAAAUUUUGUGAAAAUUGCAUAGGACCAGUAAGGUGUUCAUGUUUCAUCGAGUAUUAAUUGAACUGUAUGGUUGGUCAAA